AUGGAUAUGGAGCUUCUUCGGAAAGGAGGUGGAGGCGAGAUCAAGGUGGUUGUUCUCCUAAAAAGGCGUUUAUUAUGCAACAAAACCAUUGUUGCUGGGUCAGCAGAGCUUUGGAGACUAGACCAGAAUGAUCAGCCAUCUUUGGAAGAGUCUGAGGCUAUCUUCCCCGUUCCCAGCCCACCACAACAACAGCGACUGGAAGUAACCCGCGGCGAGGUAUUCCAGUCACAGCUACCUACUGGUCGAAGCACUGUGAAUGCUUUCAAGGUAGUUAUUGCACCUAAAUGGCUUACUCAUCCUUGUUCCGUCACCACAUCUAGUGACAUCAUGUGA